GUUGCCGCUCAAUGCAAAUCUCUAAGCCAGUCAUUGCCAGGAACACGAUAUUCUCACGACCAUGGGCAUGGCUCGCCUCCCACAUCAUCGUACCAGGAUUCGGUAAUAUCUGUCAGAAGUGACCCAUGCCGCGUGCGCCAAGCAGCAGUCUCGUCAAUUCGACAUAUCCGGCUACAGGAGAUAUUCAGGCUCGCGUGCGGUAUCAUCGGUGUUGUUGCACGAAAUCACUUCCCUUCUUCGUGUCAAUCGUUAUACUUGGUAGUAUGGCGGGGAAAUGCCUACCGCAAUCCUGCACCGCGUCAACACUUACUGCGCGCUUGACAGCGCUUCCGGAUGUCGUGCCUUUUGCCUCGUGGAUUGCAGCGCGAAGGACCUCGAAAGUCUCGCGAAUCACAACGCAUAGACGUUGCAUAUUCCUUAAAGACGUUGGCCAAUACCGACUCGCAGACGACUCUUGUUCCUGGGCCCCACUUGUGCCUUCCUUAUCCAGCUACGCCACCGUCGUUAUCCUGGCCGCUGUUACAUGCAUCCAUAAUGUCUUGGCCCAGUUAGCUUGUCGGAGUCGCAUGUACGCUACACUAGGGCGAAGGAGCACAGGGAUGAAUACGCCUUCGGAUCGUCAUGCCACUCAUCCUAGGACCACCAGGUUGGUGGCCCGAACCAGGGAGCACCAUCAAGACCCGGUCGUCGUCCUGGGCUUUCUGCAGCCCAAGAAUCUGUGCCGCAAUGAGUUUCCUAUUUUACCUUUCAACGUCCCGCUGCUCACUAUUCUCUCUUUUUGGCCUCGCGUGCCUCUAAUACCUACCAUAACUUUAUUCUCUUCUUUACGGUGCCAUACCUCCGUCUCGUGUUUGGGCUGACAGCUGCGGCAUUACCUAUCCGUUUGGCCUGCCCUACGCGACAUAACGUUAGACUUCCUCUCGGUCAAUACUCUUGCUUUCGACAUAACCUGGCGCCAUCGUUAACACCGCACUCCAACUGUUCUCUUACAACCAUUACUUUCCACUGGACUUAGAAAUUUCUCGCUCGCUAUCCACUCUUCGGCCAUUGAGAUACACUGCCACAUUACAGGAGGGCGAAGAACAACUCUGGACGGACUGACAUGCUGCGCGUGUCUACCGUAUCUUGAAACGAUCGAACGGAUAUUGCCUGGACUCUUGCGAAGAUGGCAAACACAACACUGACAGAACCACUUCGAGGGUAUUGCCCUGCACCUUUCUAUGAUGUGUCACAGUUUGGUCUCGA